AUAGAGACCAUAGGUAUGGAUACGCAAGAGCGCAUGCAUCCAUGAAAGGUCUUUCGAGCAUGUGAAAUUGCUAUGCGAUAACUCUGUGUACCUAUAUAAUAUAAGUGAAACUCCAGUUAUAUUUCGCGUUGCAAGAAUAAAGAACGCAAAAUGUUCAACACAUUUAUUAUUAUUAUUGUGGUAUUACAAACCAUCACCAAAUUAAGCUUUGCACAGUCUGUGGGUGAUUCGGAGAAUUUCGCAAUUCCUUCUGAUGAAUUAGAUGAAAGUGCGGAUGAGAAUAGUCGUUCUGCGUUAUCGGCCAAUGCAUUUGGAGCUGCUGGAAGGCCGGUUGCCGCAAGACCGGUAACUCCUGGACUGAUACGAUUCCAUCAAUGCUACGUGUGUGCCGACUGCCCAACGGUACUUGUGAACACAACAUAUAAAGUCUGCCCGUACAGCGCGGAUAGCUCGAAGAACAACAAAUGUGUUAUUUACUCCGAACAAUAUAGACAUAUGAAGAAGCCCUGGUACAUACGAGGAUGCGCGUCGGAACGCGGCACUUGCGUGGACAUCGCUCGAGCGCACUCGUCGCACAACACCAUCGUGAAAUUGAACUUCUGCCGCGAAUGCGAUGGAGACAAAUGCAAUGUAAAUGGCGGCAGUCGACUGGAGACAGUCGGUGCAUUCAUUGCUCUCGUGAUUACGCCUUUGCUUGCGAAACACACUCUUUCAUAAAAAUUACGCUUGCAAUCUUGUAGCUCAGAAAAAAUAUGAAAUUAACUUUUAGAUGGAAUGGAAUUUUGCAAAACAAAUUAAAACUUUUGCUGUAGACAAAGACGGAGAUUAAAAUUGACAUUCCACACCGAUCGAGACACCGUUCUUCUUCGUUAACCAUUUUUAACAUUCUCCGUAGGCCUUCUUUAACAUCUUCCAUUCACUGUGAUAUUGAGGUCUUUCAUCCAGUUGAUCCGGCGAUUCACUUGAAAGACUAGCGCAUAAUUGGUCUUCCUCGGGGACCGUUAUAAUAAAUAUAAAGAAAUCAUACAUAGCAAUAACAUUGCAUAUAGGUACCUAGUGAGAAUAUUCUGCCUAUUUUAAUUCUAAUUUUGUUAUAUAAAACCACAUUUUUCUGGUUUGAUAGCACGUAAUUCAAUAUGAUUAUAAUAAAGCGAUUUUCUACCUGAA